AUGGGCAAUACAAAUACGUUGCCGGUGGUCUCACAGAUCAAGUCCACCGUCCAACUAGUGACCGGCGAUGUGAGAGGAGCACUGGAGACUCAAGAAAAGUUUCUGCACGAGUGUCCUGGGGUGGCGCAGUUGACGUCGGUCGUAGAAUUAGUUGCCACUGAUGACGUCGCCAAGUUCAAAGAAACGAACCUUCGCAGCGUGAAGACAUUUUCGAAUGCAGCGGACGGCCUUCCAGUCGUGGGCCAUGUCAAAGCCGUCGUGCACAAAGUGGUUGGCGAUGAUGAAGGCGCGAUGCGGGCGGUCAAUAGUGCGAAUCGAUCAACUGCGGUCAUUGGUGGCGGCGUGGGUGGAUUCCUGGUUGGCGGCCCCAUUGGAGCAGUAGCAGGCGGAAUUAGCGGAGGAGCUGCGAUGGAUGGAGUCAUGACGGGUGUCGAUUCGGCCGUCAACGGAAAAUUUACUCCGCAUGGUUUUAUCGCCGCCGUUGACAAUGCUAUCGAGAAUCCAUCUGGUGGCGCUUUCUUCGAUGCAUUGGCGGUGCCGGUAAUGGAUGGGGUCGCUGGCUAUUUCGCCGGACAGCAGACUGCUAAAAUACAAAAUGGGGUGGCAAAGAGCCAACUUGCCGAUGUGGUGGGAAAAAGAGAUACCAUGCAAGCCAAGCUUGACGCCGCCAUGUUCGAUAGGAAGAUCACGGACGGACAAGCUAUCGCACAAGGCGCAAAAAUCAAUCAGCUGACCAACAAGAUUACUAGACUCGAGUCGAAAAUAGGUGCCUUGGAACCCUUCACGGAUCCGAAAACGGGCGUCACGCAUCAGAUCAAGCCCGCAAAAGCUAUCCCCAAAACAACGGCUGCCAAAUGCGGCAUGACAGCUACGACGGUCGCGGAUAAGCAACAGGAGCAAGAAAAAGAUAGAUGCCCUAAUAUGCAAAAGCUUCAAGAGCUCCUCGAUCAAAUGACCAUCACGGAAUAUCAAUGGACGAUCAUAGAGGAGCUGGUCGACAAGUGUUGUCCCUCAAACUUCACGGAACCGACCUUGUCAAUGCUAAAGCAACAGCAACGAAGUUCAGCAAUAACGAUGCAACAAUUGCUGGAGAAGACCGCAAGGUACGUGAAUAUGUGCCAGCGCGCUAUGCAGGGCAAAUGCGUUCAGCGAGACGCAGAUGAGGACGAAGAGGAGGAAGAUGAGGACGAUGAUAAGAUUCGCUGUCUCCAUUGGAAUAUUAACGGGAUUUCGGCACAGCUAAAGACUGACAUUGGAUUUAUUCCUUGGCUACUUAUGUACAAACCACACAUUAUCCUUCUCAACGAGAUCAAGGCGAAGGACUGGCUUGUCGAGGCUCUCGCUGGAGUUCUCGGUUACAGAGUUAUCCAUGUUCCUUCCUCCGCACCAAACAAGCGCUCCAUGCGUGGCUCGGCGAUUUUUUAUCGCAACAGCAAGAAAUACAUUUGUACACUACGGGAUGGCAAACAGAUGGAAUGGAAAAAUGGUGCGCCAGAAGUGGAAAUGGUAUGGGCAGACAUCACCCUUCGACAAGGACAGCUAUAUCGUCUGGUGAGCGCCUACGUCCUGCGUGAUGCCCACUUCAAGGUGGUCUCGCAAGAAUUUGAGCAAUUGGCGGAUGAAGCAUAUGAAAAAGUGACCGUAAUCGCUGGUGAUCUUAACAUGAAGAAAAGCAAAUUCUUAUCGAAGUGGCGUAGUGCCGGCUUCACCGAUCUAUUGAAGCCUGACUGGGUAACCAAUGUCACUUCUGCGCACGGAUCAGAGACUUGCAUUGACUAUGUCAUGGUUCCUACGGGCGAGGAGUCACAUGUCGAUUGUUGGGAGCCUGUACGACUUGGAGGAAAAAACUUCCACCUUCCAAUUCCAUUCACGAUCGGACACAAC